AUGCGACACCUCUGCAUAUUGGUAUUGGUUUGUUGUGCUGCCGUAUAUGGGCAGCGUCGAUUCUCCGAUGAGUUCAAAUUUGGAGUCGGCACUUCUGCUUACCAGAUCGAGGGCGGUUGGAACGAGGAUGGUAAGGGUGAGUCCAUCUGGGACCGUCUGUCCCACGAACACCCGGAAAAGAUCCUUGAUCGCAGCAACGGAGAUGUGGCAGCUGAUAGUUAUCACCUGUGGAAGCGCGAUGUGGAGAUGGUGAAACAGCUUGAAGUAGACAUUUAUAGAUUUUCGAUUGCCUGGACUCGCAUCAUGCCCACCGGAAUCAGCAACCAAAUCAACGAACCUGGCAUAGAUUAUUACAGCGAUUUAAUCGAUGAGCUUUUGCGUAACGGCAUCACUCCAAUGGUGACACUGUACCAUUGGGAUCUGCCACAGCGGCUGCAAGAAAUGGGUGGCUGGACAAACGAGUUAAUUGUGGAUCACUUUGCUGAGUACGCUCGCGUUCUGUUUGCGAGGUUUGGUGAUCGAGUGAAGAUCUGGACGACGUUCAACGAGCCGUGGCAAACGUGCGAAAACUCGUACGCAAAUGAUGCGAUGUCACCGGGGUACAAUUUCCCGGGGAUCCCGGCGUAUCUAUGUGCACACAAUAUCCUGAAAGCGCACGCCGAAGCCGUACAUCUGUACUGGAAUGAGUUCAAACCGUCGCAACAGGGUUCGAUUGGAAUUACGCUGGAUUCCAGCUGGAGUGAGCCAGCAACGGACGCUGAGGAAGAUCGUCAAGCUGCGGAACGAACAUUGCGUUUCAAUCUUGGAUGGUUCGCUAAUCCGAUCUUCUCCAAAACGGGAGACUAUCCAUUGGAAAUGCGCCUGGAUAUCGCCAAUCUAAGUAUUGCUCAGGGAUUUCCCGAGUCUAGGUUGCCUUCGUUUACACCGGAGGAAGUCGCGCGUAUCCGGGGCACUUCUGAGUACUUCGGCUUGAACACAUACGGUAGUUCUAUGGUGAUGGCCAAUAACGGACCCUACGAUCCCACUGAUGGACCGUCGCAUGGUCACGAUACGAACGUGAUCGGUUUCCGAGAUCCAAGCUGGCCAACGGCAGCCUCGCCCUGGCUAAACAUCGUCCCUUGGGGUAUGCGAAAGCUGCUGAACUGGAUCACGACGGAGUAUGACAAUCCGCCAAUAUGGAUCACUGAGAAUGGUGUAAGUGAUUUCGGUGGUACCAUGGAUGACAUACGGAUGGACUACCUGAACAGUUACCUCGACGCGGUUCUGGAUGCGAUCGACGAUGGCUGCGAUGUACGCGGGUAUGUCGCGUGGUCCCUGAUGGAUAACUACGAGUGGCGUGCAGGAUAUGUCGAAAAGUUUGGCUUUUACUACGUUGAUUUUGAAAGCCCAGAGCGCACAAGAUAUCCUAAGGCUUCGUCGAAGGUGCUUACAAACAUCGUUAGAACUCGUCAGAUCGAUUAUAACUAUCGCCCACAACCGGACGUGUUCAUACCUCCUCCAACGCCGGCUGAAGACACAAAAGUUGUGAAUUAA